UAAUAUAGUCCAGCCACGUGUUGAAUAUGUUGUAAAAUAUUAUUCCAUUCUGUUUGUGUUACAAUUUUGUCAAGCGCCGAAGCAAUGACUUUUGGUCUGUAAACUCUAAACUUUAUAAAAACACAUUUUUAUUAUUUAACGUUAGACAAGCCAACAUUAGUAACAACACUGAUGCAGAUAAUCAAUACUGCUGCUUAGAACUUUAAAAAAUCAGCACAAUAUUGUUGGAAAAGCUCUUUAAACGCGUCUUCUCGCUUCCUAAAAUAAUCCGCACACAAAUUGUUGAUAGUCUAUACUGCUAUUUAAAAGAUUAAUCAUUAAAUUCAAAAUCGCUUAAAAAACUUUCCAGCUGAACACUGGUACAAUAAAUUUAUCAUCUUACGUUUAAACAGCCUUUAGGUCGCAUUUUUCAAACUUCUAAAGUUAGGAUUCUUAUUUUCUUAAUUUCGAACAUGGCAGCGCAAAGGGAAGACAUAAAAGUUAAAGAAAUCUGCAAAGGAAACUCUGGGGAGGCUUUCGAAGUUAUUCUCAAGCUUCCGGGGCAAAAUGGGGAUGGAGUGGCGAGCCCGUUGAAAUCAUUAACGCCAAAGAAAGAAGUUUCGAUGGAUGAGAUCAAGAUGAAACUGCAAGCUGCAGAGGAGCGUCGAAAAGCUGUGCAAGAGGCUAAAGUGACGCAACAAAAAGCGGAAGAAGAAAAGAUCUUGAAAGCAAAGCAGAAGAAAGCCGAAGUUAAUGAUUCAUUCAGUCAGUGGGCAGAGCAGCAUCUGAAGAAACAAAUGUGUCAAUAUCAGGAGAACCAUAUUGCGCAGUUGGAGGCGAAAAUCAAGAAGUUUAAAGCUUUGAACAUGAAGCCUGAAGAGAUGAAAGAAAAGGUACAGCGUGAAGUGGAUGAAAUGUGCGCUCAACGUGAAGCUGGUAUUCAACAAAAGUUGAUCAAAAGUGAAGAGCUUCGACAAAAACAACUUCAAAAGGUUCGCGAGCGCCAGCAAGAGAAGGAGAAUCACGCCCAAGAAGUUCGUCAUAAGAAAGUGGUUGGAGGGCAAACUACUGGAGUAUGUGAAUAGUUUGGACAUCAUGAUUCGAGACUUACUCAUUCUGUACAACGUUCCGAAUAAAGACACUGUUUUAUUUCAGCUGUUAGUUUAUGUAGCAUGCCAAUGAUGCUUGUAGUUGUUACUGUUGUGUUUUGUCCUUGCCAUGUUAGCUGCCACACCCUUGUUCCAAAUAUUGCCACGCCCACUGUUUGUAUUUUUGUUUACUGUGACCCAUGUGCCAUCUUGAAAGUUAAAAUUGGACGUUUGCUAAAUUUGUUCAAAUAUUUCUUUUCCAAACAAAGACAAUGCAAACGUGUUCAUUUCAUGGUUCAUUGUGCAGAAAAUAGACCAUUAUUACGUAAUAA